UCAUACUCUUUGCUGUCAUCUUAUAUCGUCUAUGGUUUCUCUUUCCUUCAACAAACAAGCAUUCCACCCAUUUUCAUUGUAUUUCGUUACGUUUACUAAAUAUAUUUCACAGAAAUGGCUUCGAAAAGUGAAAAAGAUCGUGCUAAACAGAUCCAAGAACGAUGUCAGAACAUACUGAUGCAGAUGCUGAAGGAUGAGGACAAUAAAUACUGUGUUGAUUGUGAUGCAAAAGGUCCUCGAUGGGCUUCAUGGAACCUGGGCAUAUUCCUGUGCAUCAGAUGCGCCGGCAUCCAUCGCAAUCUCGGCGUCCACAUCUCCAAGGUGAAGAGCGUCAACCUCGACUCUUGGACUCCUGAGCAAGUGGUAUCCCUCCAACAGAUGGGUAACUCGCGCGCCCGCGCAGUCUACGAAGCGAACUUACCCGACUCGUUCCGAAGGCCGCAGAACGAUUCCUCGCUGGAGGCGUUCAUUCGCGCCAAGUACGAGCAGAAGAAAUACAUCGCCAAGGAGUGGGUGCCGCCGCCCCUUCCCAAAGUUAAUUGGGAUAAAGAAAUAGACGAGGAAAUUGAGAGACUGAAGAGGAAAAAGAAGACCACCACGUCGAGCUUAGGGCCGCUGCCCACGCCCGCCGCCAGCGAUAAGAAAUAUAACAAGUCUGACGUGAUACCGAGCUUGCCAAAGCCGAAGUCGUCUGUAAGUCCCAAAUUGGGCAGAAGUACUCCACCCACUGCCCAACCAGAAGCGAGCAAGACUUCAAAUGGCUCCGCUGAUCUUCUAGGAUUGGAAACAUCAAAACCUGAAACCAAACCCGCCAAUAACGACGACAUUUUCUCCAGUUUCUUCUCAGCACCCCAAGAAAAGCCUGCUGAGGUCACCAAACCAGAGGAAUCUAAGUCAGAUCUCAAGACUGAGGAAGAGAACUUCUUUAAACAAGCCGCCCCCACGGAGAAGGAAAAGUCGAAGCUCACUAAAGACAGUAUAUUAGCACUGUACAGUCAAACACCACCUUUAGGCAACCAAUUCCAACCGCAACCUGUAACCUAUCAGUUCAGUGGAUUCCCCGCCCCGAGCUAUAACAAUAUACCUGUACAAAACGGCAUGCAACAGUACAAUCAGUUCCCGCAGCAAUUCCAGCAACCGUUUACGGCGCCGUUGCAGCAACCGUUACAGCAACCGAUGCAGCAACAGUUCGCCAACAACCAGUUCUUCAAUCAGCAACAACAGGCGCAACAGUUGCAGCAACAGUUCGGCGGUUUGAGUUUAGGCCAGUUCCCGAGCACGUUCACGCAACAGAACACAAACGUUGCUAGCAACACGACAUGGCAAUAAGCGUCUCGUGCGUAGAUUGUUUUACUUACGUUUGUCAUUUUAGUUGGUGAGUGCACGUUGGUUGCGGUCCCCUGUUGCGGAAGACGUUGCAUAACUCAUACAGAAUGUUCAUAGACAAUAUUUUCUUUGUUCCUACAAUAGCCAGCUUUAAAGACAAGUGCAUUAUUUUUAUUACAUCGGAAAACUUAAUUUUUUGUAUCUCACGAUUCCGUAGUUAGAUUUUAUUACAUUAUAUUUUUAUCGCUUGUUUAUAUAUUUUGCAGUAUUUGUGUAUCCGUGCACUUUAACGCACAGAGUUUUUAUUUUUAAUGUUAUUUACGAACGUGCAUUCUUGGUGAUUCGGUCGCGGUAUAGUUUGCAUAGAGUAUGCGUGAAAAUGGCCGUGACGGAACGGGUUUUAUGUGAAUUAAGUCGUUCGGUACGACGUGAUAAGGUUGGUUUUUGCACUGAGUAGGUAAGUCGACAUUUUUGGUAUUGUUUACUAAAGUCGUUAAAUUAGUUGUGUCACACUGUAUUAUAUGUUGUAUUAAUUGGUAUAAUUUGUCUGUGAAGUUUAAAUAUUUUAAUAUUAGGCAUUAACUUUAAAUAUAUACCGAAUUGUCAUCUUAAUUAUAGCACACAGAACCAACUUGACUUACUUAACGAUUUUAGCCUAAUAUCUCGAGUUGAUCACUUACCGCCGUUUUUAAAAACGAUCUCAAUUUUAAUCUUUGAUCCGAUCGCGAAAUACCAAUCCAGAUAAGUCUUGCAUGCAUGUCAAAGAAAUGUUUUUCUGACUCGCCAAUUGUUGCAAUGGAUUCAAAAAGGGUUUGGGAUUGUUUAUUUAAAAUGGCCGCGAAUGGACCUCUCGUACCGAACUGACUGAGUUUUCAAAUAUAAGUGAUGGUGGAAUACUUAUAGGAUUUAAUUAUUUUCGCCUAUAUUUUAGUAAUUAAAUAUGGAUUUUGAGACGAUAACAGGGGAAGGAUCUGAUGUUGAUCCUAAUAUGUAUACCAGUAAGGGUUUGUACACACUAGGCGGUCAUGUGGCAUCAUGUAUUAAUAUCGGGUCAGUAUUAUAUACGGUUUCAAUGCUGAGCAUAGGCCACGUCGAUUAAUCAGAGUGUUUGUAAUAAAUAUUAUGUCUAACAGUAGGUUUGACCCACACUACGACACUAACCUUACGUUGUUAGUAAUAGGAACUACGAAAGAGUUCUAUCUCAGUACUUGAAACUUUUAAACCCGAUACAAUUGUUUCCGGAUGGCACAUUUGUCGAACCCGCUAACUCUUUGUUUCACAGCGGAUCCGUCUGUCAUAAAGAUCGCAAUAGGUAACCGCGCGGUGAUCCAAGGCGCUGCAAUACGCGUAGUGUGUACAGACACUUAGAAGCUUUUUAUGAAGGCUUGUAUUUUUAGUAAUUUAAUAAAGGAUUUGUUUUAUUUUUUGUGUAGUAUUUUAAUAAUUUCGAAUGAUUAUGUGACAAUAAUGAUAUUGUUAUUUGAAAUCUACAUUAAUUGUCAAUAAAAUAAUUUUAAUUUUCAAAAAUAAGUAUUCAAGCCAUAUUUAGAAAUAGAAAUGAUUUUGUACCUGAGAGGUGUAAAAAUUUAAAUUAUUAUGUCAAAAGCUUAUGUACUAGAUUGUAUUAAUUUUUUCAAAUUAAUGUAUGAUUUUACGUCCAGAACUGAUUCCUGCCCUAUUCUUUAAAUUUAUAGUUUUUUAAUUUCAAUUAUAGAUGUAUACUUAUACUUAUAGUAGUGUUUUUUGUUUAGAAGUAAAUCUUGAAUAGCUCAUGAUUUUUCUAUUUCUUUUUUAAAUCAUAAUUUGGCAGCUUUGUAACUUUUAAAAUAUUUUUUCUACAUUCUACUAGCCUUCAACUUAAUGAAUAACUUGAUGAAUACAUAAUAAUAACCACAAGCCCCGAAACGGCAGUCAUCGGUCAAGUUAUAAGGCUAGCUUGAUAAAACACAUUCCUUUAUUUCAAUCUCUGUCUUGAGGCUCAAUUGUAUGUAGUAUCUAGAUCUCAAAUAUACCUCUCAGGUACAUUAGAAUCUAUAAAUAAGUUCUUUGUUAGUACGAAUAUUUCUGAUCCGAAUUUUGUAAUAUAAUUGAAAUUUCAAAGCGUUUUCUUAAUUACCAAGACUCAUAUAACUGAACCUGCCUCUAAUACCACGGUCUGUGCAAUUAGAUAUUUAAUUUUUAUUUUGUAAAAUCCUAUUUAUACUUAUUCCAGUACUUUAAAAUAUAUUUUAUACUUAAACUGUGGCACUGUAACACGAUGUUUUAGCUUUCACACAUUAAACUGUGUUGGUGUACUCAAUUGUUCAUAUAAAUGUUUAGAUGAGUAUGUGUUUUUUUUUUUAUAUUUGUGGCGUGAGCGUUCUGGCUGCUGAUUCGUGCUUGUAUUUACUUAUUUUUUAAUUUCCAGAAAUGGCCAGCGUUAAAAUAAAAAAAGUUAUCCAAUUACUGAAACUUUUUCGAGAUUUGAUUAAAGAAUAAUAUUUCCUAUGUCUAUUUAUUAACGUCGAGUUUAGAACGUUCGCGUCUCAAAAAUUGGUGCGUGUUAAAAUCACGGUUUUAUUUUCAUUAGAAUUAUAAAAUAUUUAAUUAGAUAUGAGACAAAAUCUUUCUCUAAAUAAAAUAUAAAUUUUACCACAUAAUAUUCAUAUUUAAAUUUUGAAUUGUUCACUGGCCGUUGGCUUUAUAUUGUCGUUUAGAAAAUUAUUUUUUUAUUUCUGCAUUGAUAAACAUAGAUUUAUUUUUUUAUGGAAGCUAUUUAUGGUGUAUGGAUAAUAUUUUAAUUUCUAAAACAUUUAAAACAAAUAUUAUUUUGAUUAGGCUGCAUGUUCUAUGACCUUAGUUUAACGUUAUUGUAUACCCGGAAAUUAAAUUGAGAUCUAUCGGAUCACGAUUUUAUCAGAUUUAGACUAAUCUAGCUCAUAUUGUCAUUGCAACAAGCAAGGCCAAUGAAAAUACGGUAGUUGACUAUAUUUUUUUUUCACAUUUAUCACAAAAUAUGAGACCAGAAGAUCAGAUAUCAGAAGAAGAAUAUUCAAAAUCCACAGAAUAAUAAAUACAACUUUAAAAUUUGGUGGACGGGAUAGCUGUCAAAUAACAGUAAUAGCAACCUGUGAUGUCACAAUAUCACCUGCCAUAACUCUGUGUACAUGAGAAAGAGAUGGCGCGAUAUCCCCACCACACUCUCACUUUUGCUCACAACAAUAGUUCAAAUAUGAACAACCAUUACUUUUUAACCAAUUUUGAUGCUGAUUUUACAGUCUUUUCGUAUUCUUUUCUGUUACAUAUAAUGUACAAAAUGAAACAUAGGAAACUACCCUAUUAAAAUGAGCAUAUUUUAUUAGCUCUGGUACUUAUUUUAAAUGUCUUAUGAUGCUAUACACUAUGUUAAUUUUGGUAAUGAUGGGCCAUUGACCUUCUCCAAUUAAAUCAUAUUGAGGAAGUAUGUAUAAACAUCUUACCAGGAAUUUAAUUAAAUAUCGGCUCAUUUUUUAAAUAUAAUUUGUUCAGGGCGUGAUAAAUACCUGGCUCUUAUUACAAGGUCCUAUUUUCAUUUUUAUUUACGUUGGAAAAAAUUGAUUUAUAAUUUUCAAGUUGAUAAAAAUUCCCUCGUUACUUAUCUUUCGGGAUUAUAGUUUUUUACUGAAAAAGACAUAGAAUUAUGUCUUACAUAUAUGUCUUAAUUUGUGCAAAAAUUAUAAAAUAGAACCUUGUAAUAGUGAGCCAGCGAAAUCUACCCUAUUGGCUAACAAAAACGUGAGCUACGUAUGGUAAACUGGAUGUCACGUUGUCAAACUAUAACAAAAUUUGUCACGAUACUCCAUCCACUACAUCAAAUACAGUGAUUGAUAAGUGAGUAGAUGUUUACUUCUAUUUUUUUAAACUUGCCAGUUGUAAGUUUUACAACUGUUUUCAAUAAACGAUCCCAAUCUCAAUCUUCGGUCCGAUCUCGCGAAUAAACCAAAAUAAUCAUUUGCAAGCAUGUCAAAAUAUACUAAGUUCUGAGAUACUAAGUUCUGAUUGGUAAAUUUUUGCGGAUUGGAAAAGCGAUAGGGUCGUUUUGUUACGGUGGUAUAUCAAAAUAUUUAUUCACUAUUACAACUUCUAAAUAAGGCCUCAAGACAAUUCCGUGCGCCCAUCUCCAAGCGGUUAUAAAUUAACGAUUUUUGCCAUUCAUCAGCUCACAUCAUGUUCGUAAUCAUUGGUAAUGAGUUUCAAUUUUCUCUCAGUUGAUAGUUAAGACGGUUCGAAUGCUUCAGGUAUACGGAAUAUAGUACAAGAGUCUAUAUUCUGAGACUUGUGAAUUUAAGGACCAUCGCAUGACCUAAUGAGCUUUAUUGAAAAAGCAUUCAUUCAGUCAAUAGUGAUUUAAAGAUUGGAUAAAAUGAGAAUAUAACACAACCAAAUUAAGAAGUGUAGUUGUAUCGGCAUAGUAUAAUUGGACUUCUGUUUCAGUUGUGUUAUAAUUAAUUCGAUGGAUAACUUAUAUGACGAUCAACCCUGAUGCCAAAUUUACCGCCGUUUUUAUCAAACGAUCCCAAUCGCUUUUUCUGAGCCAUCGCGAAAAUGGACCAAUCAGAACAAAGCUUUUUUUGAAAUCUUCACAAAUAACUUAUUUUGAUUGGCUAAUUCGUGCGAUCGGAUCUAAGAUUAAGAUUGGGAUCGUUUGUUGAAAACGGCCGUUGGACCAUUGGCGAAUACCUUAGCGGAUAAUUUGCGCACGAAUGCAUGAAUUAUGAGUAACGAAUGCACCUGAAUAAGUUGUUUACAAACUUUUAUUCGUUACUAUUCGUCUGUACUUCGCAAGUAUUUAAAUUAGACGUUAAAGAUAUGUAUUUACAAGGAUCACUUCUUAUAUACCCAAAAAGUCAAGAAAAGGUGUAAAUGGCGUACAAUUGCAAUUUAAACAUUUAAUUUUAGAAAUGUUAAGCUCAGUACCGGCGCCUGCUGAUGAUUCGGAUAACUUGAAACACGCGCUGGAUUAGUCCGCGAUUAUAAAAAAGAUAAGGUUGCGAAACUCGAUAAAAUCUCAUUAACAAGUAUAUCUGUGGUUACAUAAAAAAAAUAAUAUACGUAGGUUUUUAAAUAUGAAUGUAUUAUGAUUUUUAUAGUUUCGAAUAUUACAGAAUUGAGUUCUGCCGACGCUAAAAAUGACAACUUUACUCAUUUAUGAUCUUAAUUGGACCAACAUGCGCGUAAAAUUGGGCAAAGUUUGGCGAAAUUGAGUGUAAAUAAAACGUUUCUUCAGUAGAUCGUGUGGUUUUGAUUUAAAAUUUUUGUACACCAAUAAAUUAUAUUGUAUUUACAAUGAAUAAAGUUUAUAAUUAUGAGUAUGGUUGAAUAUUGAACAAUGAGUUUUCCUGGACAUUUUAUGUCAAUUAUGGCAUUCUGUAUCUAAAUAGUGAAUGUACGUACGCACGUAAAGCCGUUGGUCCUGCGUCUGAUCUCCGGUGAUGUCGGAUCGCCGUCUCUCCGUAUUAUGAGAGUGAAUGAACAGAGAGUGCACCUGUGUAUUGCACACAUACUUAUGCACUAUAAUGUCUCAUUUACCUGGCUUAUCUCCAUUACGAUUAGCCGUCGUGGCCAAAAUUCGGCUAGGAGGGAUUUAAUAAAUCUACCUGCAAGUUUGAUGGUAGUGAACUGCAUCUCCCAUAUUGUAUACCCUGUGUCAAAAGUGGCUUCAAUUCUUUACAUUUAGUUAAAUAGUAAUGAAUUCUAGAAAAAAGGCGCCAAAUGACAUAAAAUGUCCGAGGAAUUUUGAAUGGCUGAUGUAGAUUUUUUUAUUAUAGUUCAAAUAGAAUCCAGUUUUGGUGUAUUUAGUUAAUAUAUAAAAUGUGAUUUGAGUAUUGAUUAAUGUAAUAUAGCUGUAAAAUUGAUGCGGGCCGUCAUAUUGGCUGCCCUUGUUUGAGCCUGUAUUUCGUUUACAUUAAUAAACAUAAUGCCAAUAG